UUUCAAAAAGAAAUUUUAUAAUCUAGUUUGCAACCGUUGUGAACCUAUUUCAAAAUUAGUGCAUUUUACCUUCUAUUUUAAUCUGGGGUGUCAUAAGAAAUCCUUAUAUAUUUAUUUUCCACCUAGUAAACUCGGUCGAGGAGUAUGAUAAACUAGUAGAUAUAAUAAAUUACGAUGGGUUGGUCUAGUAUCGUUGGUUUGGACCUUGAAGUAUACUCCUUUCAAGUUGUCACAUCGAUUCUUCCAUGUGCCAAUUUCGUUGGACUAGUUUAAUUUUUUAAAAUAAAAAAUAAACUAUGACUAUACGAGGAUUAUUUAUUUUUUUUGUUUGAAGGAGAUUAUAUGAGGAUUAUUAAAAGCAUAAACUACAACUUGGAAUGGAAGCUCACAAAAUUACUCGAUCAAAACCCAGCUCAAUGAUCCGUUUGAUAGCUUAUAAUUAUAUAGUUUUAUACUUGAAAAUACAAUUAAAAUACUUAAUUACUUAUACAUGACAUAAGACAUAAGCCACUUUAUUAAAAUUACAAAAGAGAGAAAAAGAUGCUUAACAACUUUCUAAUGUUGCUUUAGGUAAUGCACAUCAUGUGCUUGAAGAGAUGCUUCACCUUGCCAUGUUGUUUUCAAAUAAAUGAAGCGUUAAGAUAAGGUAUAGGAUAUUAAUAAAACUUACAAUAUAAACAACAACCUCUUAACCUAGUCCAACUCCAAGUAGAAUCAGAUUCCAAAAUAUAAAAAUUAUAUUAUUUCUUAUAAAAACAAAUUACAAAAUUAUAAAUACAUGUUGAUCAAAGACAAUGAACAUUCAUAUUCUCAAAUCCCCACAAAGUCAUUUUCAUUUUCUUUGUGCCUUUUGGCUAAUAUAUACAAAAGAAAAUCAAUCCUGGGUUCCGUUCAGUCCAACCCUUUGUCCGAAAAGUAUUGUUGUAUGAUCAUGAGAAUCAACGUUGACUGUAAUGCUUGUUGUAGAAAAUUAAGGAGAAUAAUUCUAAGGAUGAAAGUGAUCGAAACCCAUUUGAUAGAGAAGCAGCAACGCAGGGUAUGUGUAUGUGGAAGAUUUGUACCAGCAGAUAUUGCAAUAAAGAUAAAGAAGAAAAUGAACCGUAGGGUUGAGAUUCUUGAAGUUCAAGAAUUUGAAGGCGAGGAACAAAAUGAACUACCAAACUAAUCUAAACUGAGAGAACAUAGAAAUUUCACAUUCUUAUAAGAUGGUUAUAGUUCCUUUCCUAUCAGCCAAGAUUUCAAUGGCAUAUUUUGUAUAUAAUAGUCAACUUUGUUGCAGUGGUUACUCCAAAACUAUAUGGAAAAAAUGCAAGGGAAAUGUUUGGACAACAAAAUUGUUGUCCAACACCGUAUCUCUCUAACUCAGAUCAAUUGUUACAAGUGAUAUAUUUUUUAUCGGUCAAAUAUAUGUUUUCAAUUUUAGAUGUUUAAAUAACAUUUUUCAAAAUGUAAAUGCUAUAUUAGAAGGAAGAUAAGAAGAA